GCAAAACCAUAUCAGCUAGGUUCAAUAUUUUGAAGAGCAUUCAUCAUGAAGCUAAAACUGUUGGCAUUGAUAUGUUGCAUAGAGUACCUAAGUGGGAUGGCAAACGCCAAGUGUUUCUAUAUAAGCACAACUAAGGAAACUUGGUUUACCGCUGUGGAGAAAUGUAAGGAACUCAAACUUUGUUUGGGGGAUUUACAAUCGGCCAGCGAAUUUCUCACGUUCACGCAGAAAAUACCUGAAACAAUGCGAGCGGACUAUUGGUUCGGCACCAAUCAUCCCCAUGGUCCUAAGUCUAGAAGCUUGACGACUUACAGCAAAUUAAUAAUAUAUGCUCCAAUACUGUCAUUCAUUAAUGUGCGCCAGCAAUGUGCGUUCAUGUAUCCCAAUGUUUACCAACAAUAUAGCGUUUCAAUGGCCAAUUGUAGGGAAAAAAAACGUUUUAUAUGCUAUAAAGAUACCAAUUGCGGGGUCUCUAAUGGGAUAACAGAAGACUUAUCUGGACUUAUACCAUGCGUAAUAAAACCCGAAUUCCGGAAGGAACUGGACAUAAAUGCCAAAUACUUUGACGAUCUAUAAAGAAUAAUGGCAUAACUACUUGAAAUUUAUCCAAUAAGGCAAAUAAAAAUAUCUAACAUAA